UCUACUUCCUGGUGCUGUUCAUCGCAAAAGAGCUGCUAGCGGAUAGGGGAAUAUUUACAUCACGACUGAUGCGGCAAACAAUAUAACGUUUGUAGACUUUAGCAGGUUUGAUGGAUUUAUGCUCUUUGUGUUUUACCGCAAUUUAAAAAUAUAAUUUACUAUGAUCAGUGUCAGCAAAGGUGAACGCGUUAUCUCGGUCAGAUUAUAUCUCUACAUCCAGACAAGGCUGCUAAUAUGAAUAGGAAAAUGAAGACAGAUUUUUUUUGAUGUGUAAAGGAAUAGAUGGUCAGUUUGAUUCGUUUUUAAAUGUAUUAUAUCCAUUGUGGAAGGUUAAAAAAUCAUAAAUGGCGUCAAAAUCUAGGGUCUCCAUUCUGGAUUAUUUCAAUAUCGUCUGUGAGGGGGAAAAUGGCAAAAUUGAAUCGAACUGCAAAGCUUGUGGCACAAGGAUUCAGGCGAAAAGGACAGUAACUUCUAACUUCGUUACACAUUUAAAGCGCAAACAUCAAGCUAUGUAUGAUGAGUUUGUAAGGAAGAAAGAUGUGAAAAGAGAGACAAUGCAGACGUGUGCUGGCCCUCCAGGUGGUCGAGUCAUCUCUCAAAGUGGCACCGGGAUGAACAAAUUUGACUACAGUGACCCGCGGCAAUCCCUCAUCUCUGAAGCCAUUGCCAAGAUGAUCAUCCGAGACUUGCAGCCAGCACAGAUAGUGGAAUACGAAGGAUUUCGUGAGCUGCUUCAGCUUCUGGAGCCCCGUUACAUGCCGGUACCAUGUCAUUAUAUACAACAGCAGCUUUUGCCUGCCUAUGUCUCUCAGGUGCAGCAAGCUGCCAAACAGGCUCUUAAAGGGGCAGAAUCCUGCAGUAUGUCUCUUGACACUCUGGGUGUCAACUGUGGGUAUCUUGGAGUGACUUGUCAUUUCAUAAAUACAGACUGGAAUAUCAGAUCUGCCCUUUUGGCAUGUUUACCUCUUCCAGGCCAUAGCAACACUCAGCAGAUGAUCACCGAGUUCGAUGAGAUUUCCGACUCCCACGGCAUCUCCGGAAAAGUGUUCAGAGUUGUUGCCGACUCGUCGCCUUCUGAAAAAAGAUCAGCUUUUCGUUUGCCUGGCUUCCAUAUUAUUGGAAGCGAUGAAGUGGAAGGGGAGGACGAUUGUAGCGAUGAAGAAGCUGUUACAGGAGAAAAUAAGAAGGCCAUGGGUAUUAAGGAGAACCACAAGUCUUUAGACCAGUGUCUUGGUCGAAGUAGGAUAGACUGCUUUGCUCGAUUAUUGGCUCAGUGUGUCAAGGAAGGAGUGUGCGCUUCCUCUCAGAUAUCUGUUCCUUUAAGCAAAGCAGCCAAUCUUUACAACUAUAUUAUUGCUACUGUAGCCCCUGAAAAACUGCUUCAAGUUUUCGGCUCUUCAGUUGACCAGGGACCCUCAUCCAAGUACUGGAACGCACAGUUAAAAAUAAUGCGUCAAAUGGUGGAGUCAAUGGAUUUUCUUGAAGACAUCGUGGAUAGAAGUGAUCUAGUCCUCGGUAGUUUAGAAAAAGCUGUGGUACGGGAGCUGUUGGAGGUAUUGGAACCUUUCGAAGAGGCCUCAGACAUGGUAUCUGGUGACAAGCAUGUGUCCAUCAGUUUAGCCCUGCCAUGUGUACUAGGUCUUCGCAAGCAUCUGGCAGAAGUCAAUAGUCAACAGUGUUCAGGGAUUGUGAUGGGAUUAUCUCAAGCUCUGGACCGCAGGCUCGCUGGGAUUCUUGAAGACCCUCUCUAUGUGACAGCAACUACCCUGGAUCCGCAAUUCAAACUGUCUUGGAGCAGUGACGGUGACUGGCACAAGCAAGUAUUGCUAGAGGAGAUCGGAAAGCAUUCACAGCCAUUAAGUCCACUAGAACAUCAUUCAGAGGCCCAGCCAUCACCAUCUAAACGGUGCAAGCUCUUCUCUUUUAUCAAGCAGAGGCCGACCGCUCAGGCCAAGACUGUGGAGCAGGAGUUGUCUACGUAUCUCCACGAAGAACCAACGGAUGAGGAUCCAUUGCAAUACUGGAAGCGCAAGUCCAUCGAUUUCCCCUUGCUCUCGCAAGUAGCCAAGAAAGUUUUCACCGUGCCAGCAACAACCACAUCGGUGGAUCAGAUAUUUGACCUGGUCAGCAAAACAUUUAAACCACAGCAAUGUAGAUUUCUGCCCAAAAACUUGGACACUCUGAUUUACUUAAAAGCUAACUAUAGAAUACUUUGGUCUUAAGUGCAAAGAAAGCUUUAAUGGAUUUCCUUUAUACUGAUAUCAAACCAAACACCUCAAAUCUAGAAGGGGAUCGUGCCUGAGAUGUAUCUGUCCAUAGAAAUGCUGUAGAUUGUUUCUAUAGACAAUUUGAUUCUAUCCCCAUUUUAGCAAACUGGAUGUUAUUGAUGUAACCGUUAUGGUUUAAGGCAUGGUUCACCUAAAAUGUACAAUUCUGGCAUCACAUACUCAUCCUCGGGACAUUCCAAACAUGUAUGACUUUCUUUCUUCUGCAGAACACAAAAGAAUAUUUUUUGAAGAAUGUUGAUGACAGAACAACAUUGACAUCCAAUGUAUAGCCACAAACUAUUGAGACAUUUUUCAAAAUAUCUUUGUGUACCACAGUAAAGAGGCUUGAGCAACAUAAAGAUGUUUGUUUUUGGGUGAACUAUCCCUUUAACACAAGCACUGUUUGAUAGUAGUUCAUGUUAGUUCACUGUUAAAUAGAUUAUGUUGUCUACAUUUACAAUGAGCUAUUAAUCCAUAUUUAUUGAAAGUUAUUAGUUAAUGAAAGUGUUGCCUUAAUGUGGCUUUGUUUAAGCUUUCUAGCUUUUUAUUUUAUUUUUCAACCCAAUACAAUGGUUCUUCAAAUGUAACAGGAUUAAAAAAGCACACAGCUGCACAUACUUGA